AUGGUGGGCACUCCCAUGUCAUCAACAGAUGUCGGGUCGUUUCCGGAGUUUAUAAGGUCCAGUAGCUCAGGGGUUAGGUUUGAUUCGCCGUUUCCACCUCUCAAUCCAAAGGUGAGAGUUAAGGGAGUUUACGAAAGAGCUGGAUUCGAUGUCUACAAAGGUGAUAGACCUCGUGGAUCUAGAACGCAUAGUUCUUAUCAAAGAAACUCCUCAAAUUCGUCGCAGUCGCUGUCUGCUUCUGUUUCUGCUUCUGCUAGAAAUUUCACUGCUCCUGUGGGGCCGACCUCUAACAAGCAGAAGACCAUGAGUGAUCCGAGUUUCUCGCUGCGUGAUGCUGCCAGUGCGAGAUCGAGCGGUGGAAGUAAAAUCCGGGACAUCUAUGAGUCGAGGAAUUCACCUGGUCAAUUUGCCCGCUCCAAGCUUUCUGAGACGGAUUCCUUGAAGAAAGGCUCCUUUUCUUCUGCCGAAAGCGAGCAUGAGCCAUUGAGGAUUCCCAAGUCUCGUCAGGCACAGACUUCUUCUCAUAGCCUCCUCAACUCCACAAACACAAUUAGCUCAACGAGUACCACACCAGAAGCGGCUGAAAAAGACAAGCUAGAUUUUAGCCCAGGACAGAAUACUCGUGAUGUUCACAGCAACUCCACUAUUUUUGAAAAGUCCAGGGAAUCGGACACUUUAAGCUUGUAUGCUCCAGCAUCUUUAACCAAUCAAAAAAGGCAAAUGGCUAUGGGGGAAGACAGUGGUCUACAGAUUCACUCUGCGGAGGCUGAGUCCGACGAUGACGACUACGUCAAGCAAUUGCUAAACAUGAAGAAACAGUUCCAGUCAGACGACCUAGACUUACCGAGUAUAGUUGUGCAAGAUAGCAACGGUGUCUCUUCGAAACCUAGGAUCUUCUCCGGUGAUUUCAAUGUGUACAGCCCUCCUGCUCCAAGCACAUUCACUCGAUUCCACCGAGACAGCGGUAUGUCGAUGGCAUCAUCCGUGUACACUAUGGAUGCAGGUCAAAAAGUGACGUCUGUGGGGACGAUGCAUACAGAUGAUCCAAAGAUAUAUAACCUGGAGGUGAAGCGAGAGCCUUCCUCCAAAUCGCGGAAUAGCACUGAGGCUGACAUGUCAGCCAUCCAGGAAGUCACGGAAGAAGAUCUGGAGGACUUGCACUCGCACAAAACCAACAAAACUGCUCAAGUUGCCACAGGUUCAAUCCUGGAUGAUUUGAGGCGCAUGAGAUUGCAGGACUCCCAUUCUACUCUGGCCCAGGACUUUGAAGAUGCUGAGGAAUAUCCCUCUGCUUCUAUCAACACAUCUUCAUUCCAGCAAACAGCCAGCGAGUCGACGUUGUAUGAAAACGAGUUCCUGCCCAAAUCUCAAAACCCAGCAGGUCAAGGUCCGUGUCGUAAAUGUGGCCUUGAAAUUGAGGGCAACACCAAGUCUAUUUGGUCCAAAGACUCACAAUUGUCAGGUCAAUGGCAUCGCAAAUGUUUCGGAUGCCAAACUUGUGCCAAACCCUUUUCCAAGGGUACUUCCUGUUACGUCUUCAAGGAUCAGCCUUACUGCGAACAUCACUUUCACGAGGUUAACGGUUCGAUAUGCAACUCGUGCAGCACUGGAAUCGAAGGAAAUUGCCUGGAAACAGAUAACGGGCUAAAGUUCCAUCCUGGAUGUCUCGUUUGCUCGGUUUGUCAAACCUCCAUCAAGGAAGACUAUUACUUACUGGAUGACCGGAUGAUCUGCGAACAGGAUGCCAUGAGGAUGAGAUACGAGGGAGACUCCGCUCCGACAUCGAGGCUAGAAAGAAGAAGAACUCGAACUGUGCGUGUUUAG